UCCCCAGUCCCCCGCGGCCAGCGAUCGCCAUGUUCCAAAAGUGAAAAUGGCGGAUAAACUUCAGUGGUUGGUAAAUCUGCCUGAGCACCCUCUAUUCAAGGAAUUAUCGAGAAGCAGAGGCAAGAGAGCUGAGGCUAGUAUAUCCAGAAAUGUUGUCGUGGAGAGAGAUGGCGAGAUCUUUGUCUGGUCGCCAUCCAGGAGUCACGUGCUUACUGCAAACUUGAAGAAUUUAAAGUUUGAAAAUGAACGCGCCACGAAGUUUCAGACCCUUCUCUGCACUACAGCACCAGUGUUCAAUGUCAGCAGUCUUCAGUUCAGCAUCACUGGGAAAUACCUGGCUUUGAUUGGUGAAAGGGGGAUUACUGUCCUAGAAGUCCCUCAGAGAUGGGGGAGAUUUGCUGAGUAUGAAGGGGGAUCUGACACAGUAAACUGCAGAACUAUUCUAGUGGAUGAGCGAUUUUUCUCCACCCACCACAAAGCCAUGGUCCUUCAAGCAAGCUGGCAUCCUGAAAGUCCAGUAGAUGGACACCUUGUUGUACUUACAUCAGACAAUAGACUAAGAAUUUACAACAUCCUUAAACCAGAUACUCCAGAACAGAUCAUCAACCUAGCAGAUCCCCUGUCUACUGAAGAGAACUACAAUAGAAGCACAAUGAGUUCAGCUUCAGCAUUCGCAAUAGCAUUUGGUGAGACAUCCGUAGCUUUUGACUUUGCUCCACCAGUGACUAUCCCAGCCCAGAAGAGCCUUCUGGCAAGCAGGAGCGGCCAAGAUGAAACCAUCCAUCCUGUGUUUGUCCUGCGAGAGAAUGCUGAUGUCUAUUAUUUGACCUUCCAGCUUGGGAAAAAAGGAGGUCUAUUGGACAUGGCUGGCCCCCUGACAAUGCACCCUGCUGCCGAUGAUAAUUAUGGUCUUGAUGCUUGCGCCCUGGUCUGUCUACACUCCAUGCCACCUGUGGUUGCUAUGGCGACUGCAAAUGGUCGUGUGUAUAACUGUAUUGUACUGGAAUCUAACGACGAUGACUCAGCAGAUGAUGAGGAUCGGUGGAGUGACAAGGGUGCGACUACUACAACCUCCUCCGAGCUCACCCUUUAUGUGCAUGAGUGUAUCGAAUUACAGCGUUCUGUGGCAGGGAGGUCUGAUGAUGGGGUCUCUUCUGUCAGUGGUGAAAACGAUUCCACAGAAUGUGUGAACUCAUGCCCUGUGAAACUGUACAAAGAUCCAGGGUCAUUGUCUCAGUAUCACUGCUCCCAUCUCUCUGGUGUUCACACUGUUACACUGUCAUGGCUAAGCAAAUUACAAAAAUACGUCAACGAAGGCACUGCUGGAAACACUGUCUUUGACAUUGAGGAUGAGGCUGUUGUCAGUUACAUGGUUUGCACUACCCCUGCUGUUGACAGUGCCCCGUUGCCUGUGAAUGGUCUGUGCACCAUUAGUGACCCCCUCUUAGGCCACGCACUCAUAUGUAUCACUGCAGAUAUGGAGUGUGCUGCAAGAUCUGUAUCUAUCCCAAAUAUAAUACCAUCCAGAGCAGGUAACGAAGCGAGUGAAGAAGAUGAUGAUGAUAAUGAUGAAUUGGAUGGGAGGAAACUCUCCCCUAUGCGGCACCUCUACACCGGCUCAUUUUUUGCCCACAUUCAGCGUAUCUUGGAGAGACAAUCUUCUGCACCAUUACUCAGAGCGGACAAGUCCUCAGCGCCUUUAUCACAAAAAGACUUCUUAGAGAUUCUGACAGAAGCCCAACAAAACCUGAGAGAGGAAUACAUACAAAAACAGACUCGAGCUCGAGAAGAAAUAGUGAAACGUGUCUCCAUCCUUGAGGACCAGCGAGUCAAGCAACUGCAGGAUCUGGGGUCACUGCGUGAGAAAGGGAACCACAUGAGGGAAACCACCGAAGCUCUAGCUGAACGACUCUAUGAAGUAUCCACCAAGGAAGAGGAACUGCAGCAAAGGAUUGACCGUGUUUAUGACGUUGCGUGAUAUGAUUGACCGUGUUAGUGUCGUUGCGUGAUAUGAUUGACCGUGUUUAUGUCGUUGCGUGAUAGGAUUGACUGCGCUCGUGUCGUUGCGUGAUAGGAUUGACUGUGCUCGUGUCGUUGCGUGAUAGGAUUGACUGUGCUCGUGUCGUUGCGUGAUAGGAUUGACCGCGCUCGUGUCGUUGCGUGAUAGGAUUGACUGUGCUCGUGUCGUUGCGUGAUAGGAUUGACCGUGUCGUUGCGCGAUAGGAUUGACUGCGCUCGUGUCGUUGCGCGAUAGGAUUGACUGCGCUCGUGUCGUUGCGUGAUAGGAUUGACUGUGCUCGUGUCUUGCGUGAUAGGAUUGACUGUGCUCGUGUCGUUGCGUGAUAGGAUUGACCGCGCUCGUGUCGUUGCGUGAUAGGAUUGACUGUGCUCGUGUCGUUGCGUGAUAGGAUUGACCGUGUCGUUGCGCGAUAGGAUUGACUGUGCUCGUGUCGUUGCGUGAUAGGAUUGACUGUGCUCGUGUCGUUGCGUGAUAGGAUUGACCGUGUCCGUGAGCUUGUUCAGACGUACAUCCCGGUGCUGUCAGACGCC